CCAUCCAUAACAAUGCAAUUCGUCCAUAUAAGUAUAAUGACGGUGUUUAUCAUAUCUCUUGCAUAUGUUUGCACUAAACCUUUAAGUUUUAGAAUGCUUAAAAUUGAGUGCGUACCUUACGAUCCAGCUCUGACAAACAUAAGUUGCUCUAUACGCAAUCACGGUACUGCCCAAAAUGCGGCUGAUGUCGAGUGUUUCAUGGGACGUCCUUUAAAUGACAUUUUGAUACACAUGGCAGUGUGGAAAAAACUCAAUGGUAACUUUAUCCUAACGCCGAUAAAUAUGACAAUAAAUGCUUGCCAAUACUUAAGUAAAAAUGCAAGGGUUCCAUUUCAUGCUAACUUAAUCAUGAAAUGGGUGCAGUCAUUUUCUAACAUAAAUCAUACAUGCCCUUAUUCCGGCCAUAUUUUCGUAAGAAACUUGAGAACAGACAACUUUAGAAUGAUUAUUCCAGAUGGAGAAUAUCGAAUGGAUGUAAAGUUGUAUGAAAAAUCCUUUUCGCAUCCAAUAAUUUUGGUACGUGGGUUUGGUAAAAGGAUAUGA